AUGCGCGUUACGUGGGGAUCGGUAGUGACCAUCACUGCUUGGAUAGUGCUGCUGGAGGUCAGGGAGAUAAAGAGCAAGGAGAGUUGUUACUAUGUGACAUUCACCUAUGCCAACUGGACGGAUGACCGACCCCGAUUUGUGGUGAACAUGACGUUCUCGAACCAGACGGGCAUCGGCUCUGUCACCAUCAUCAACGAGGAGAUAGCCUCCCCGGUCUCGCGCAUCCUGAUCCUCCAGCACUCCGCCCGGGAGAAGGCUCGCACCAUAUACAACGCUUCGACCAAGCUGUGUGACCUGCAGAACGUCCUCAACUCAGUGCCGCUUUUCAAGCCGGUCAAGGACAACAUGCUCAAACAGAGUAACUACACGCUUAGCUGCCCGCUGGUCAAGGGCACCUACGUUAUGAACAACAUGCGAGUCAGCCCAAAAAAUCCAAUUCUGAGCCUUCUCUACCAACCAAAGCACACCUUUUCCGUAAAGGGCGGGUUGUUCGAGGAAACGCGGGGUCGACGGCUAAGGCCGGUGUCAACUUAUUUCUUGAUGGGAAAGGUUGUAAAGAAGUCCUGCGGCUCCAAAGAAUAA